AUGUAAUAUGUCUUUUCAGAUAAAAAGUUGCUAAAACAUGUUAUUGUUUACAUAGUUGAAGAAUGACAGGCGACGAGUUUAAUGUUGCCGGUUUCAAGUUCACAACUAACUUUGACUCUGGUAACCUUGCUAGGGUUGAGCUACUAGAUGCAGAACCCAGAGAGGAAUGUGUCACAGACGUGAACCCUCGGCCCUCUACCUCCACUCUACACCAAAGAUGUGUUGGAGCAGAGACUCCGGACUAUGAGUUCCAACUGUGGACUAGAACGGAUUGUCAGAAUACGGAGUUUGAGAAUGGGAAUAGAACCUGGUUCUAUUUUGGACUGGAGGAAGGACCCCCCGGAGCAGUAAUCAGGUUCACUUUGAUGAACCUGAAUAAGCAGUCCAAGCUGUUCAGUCAAGGGAUGUGUCCUGUCUAUCUGGCUCCUGGAAAAUCUCAAUGGGAGAGAAUUCGAGAUCCGCCAACCUACGAAACCGUGGAACAUAAUUUCCGGAUGAGUUUCAAGUUCAGAAAUCCUGAAACUAGAACUGGCACAACAUAUUUCGCUUUCACAUAUCCCUACACUUACAAGGAGCUUCAGACCAACCUUGAUAAACUCUACCGGAAACAUGGAAACGGAAUGAAAUCCUUCACAGAGUUAAGUUCACUUCCGUCAGGAGCUGUUUACUUCCACAGGGAGAAUGUUAUCCGAAGUCUAGAGAAGAGACGGAUGGAUUUACUGACUAUAUCAGGGAUGAAUGGUAUACUGGAGGAGAAGGAGGUGACCUUGUCCAAUCUGUUCCUCGAGGAGUCGGAUAACCGUCCCUACAUGUUUGAGGGAAAGAAAACUGUGUUUAUUAGUGCCAGAGUUCAUCCCGGAGAAACCUGCUCUUCUCAUGUUAUGAACGGAUUGCUCAGGUUUCUACUACGGGAGAAUGAUGUUCGAGCUGCAGUUUUGAGAAAAAAAUACGUUUUCAAGUUGGUUCCUAUGCUUAACCCUGACGGGGUCUUUAAUGGACACUACAGGACGGAUACUCGUGGAGUAAAUCUGAACCGUGUUUACGGCAAUCCAUCAAUCUUAUUACAUCCAACAAUCUACGCAGCCAGGAAACUAGUCCUCUACGCACACCUUGGCAGAGAUGUUGAGGAGGAAACCUCUAAUCAUCCAUCUCCGCCCCUUCCCACUCCGAGCCCUCUGAAAGAUACAACUGUCCAUAAUGAUAUAAUUUGUUCUGAUUCUGAGAGUGUUAAAGACGCUGACAGUAACUUUACCUGGGAGGUGCCAACUCGGAGAAAUAAAUCAAACCGAACCUCGUCCUCAUCAACUCGUAGCUCUAGUUCAAAUUUCCCAACCCUCUCUCCGUUCAAACAUGAUUAUGGUUCACAGUGGUAUGAGAUGACGGAGAAUAGUAGAUGCUCGGAGGGGGAUGAGAGUAUUGCAGAUUUCUCCGUGACCAGCCAUACUGUAUCCCCUAGCAAGAAUGUGCACGGGUUGCAUGUGGAGGAAUCUGUUAGUUUUGAUUUCCUCCCCCCCGCUAAACUUGAACAGGGUUCCAGGACUGAUUUUCUCGGCGCUUUUAACACCUCGGUAAAUCCAAACAAUUUGAAAUCAGAAGGAAGUUCUAAGGACAAUACUGAUUUGCUGAACUUUGAUGCUGGGCCCACGUUUCCUAGAGAACAUGGAGAUUCCGGUUUGUUCAUGUACCUAGAUAUUCAUGGACACGCGUCUAAACGAGGAAUUUUUAUUUAUGGAAACCAUUUCAGCAAUAUUGAAACCAAGGUGAAUGCACUUCUCUUCCCAAAGUUAAUGUCGAUAAACAGCGCAAACUUUGAUUUCCCUGCUUGCAACUUUUCUCAACGGAACAUGAUACUGAAGGAUCGACACACCGGAGCAGGACGGGAGGGAUCAGGUAGGGUUAGUGUGUACAGAGCUACAGGAAUCACAUACUGCUAUACGCUGGAGUGUAAUUUCAACACUGGUAGGUUCACAAACAACAUUCCAAUGGCGAGUAGGGAUGGAGGAAGAGCUUCUCCUCCGCCCAUCUAUGAUAUACCACCUAAAUACAGUCCGACAACCUUCGAGGAUACAGGGAAAAGUUUAGCUGUCUCAAUACUCGAUCUCACGGAAUCGAAUCCAUGGACUCGUCUCACCUGCUCGUCAUCGAAGAAUUUAAAAGGAGUUCGGAAUUCUGUGCGGAACUAUAUAAAAAGUGCGGAAGCAGAGAUUGCCAAUAAACUAAAGUCUUCUAAAGCGUCUCCGAUUAGAACCCGGCUCCGGAAUAUGACAGGUUUAAAAAAGUCCGCGGUCAAGCAGUUAAAACUCUCGGUUAAAUCUCCCAGUAGUCCGGAGGGUUCCAGAUCUCUGUCCAAAAUUCCAAGAAAAAUUUUGUCGACAAAAAAUUCUCAAUCGGCGGCGGGAAAGUUGAGUCGCCAGUUAUCCUCUAGUUCUGUUAGUCGCUCAGUAGAGACCCCUUCCAAGCGUCCUCGUCCUGGAUCCUCUAAAGUUAUGAAGUCCGGUCUCCUGGACUCAUCUAAACCUGGAUCCAAGCCUGCAUUAAAUCCUGGAUCCAAAUCGAACUCCCGAGCAUCUUCUCCGAGGCAAAAUAAAACCGAAUCUAGGAACUCAAAGCUGUCAAAAGGAAAAGGGCAGAAAAAGUUGAUAAAACGAUCCAGCAUCAAGGGCCAGGGUCUGGAGACUAGUCCUAUCCAAACCUUAACACCGACACAGGUUAAGAAGAUAAAGAAGAAAAUAAUUCCAAAAUCUUAAAGGAUUUUUUUAAUGUUUUUAUGUGUGGGUUACAAAUGUUUCAGGAGACCAAAAAUUUUGGGGAAAAGGAAAAGAGAUUUUAAUACGUUGAAGUUCAUUUUUCUAUUUCGCUUUUUUAUUUUACCCAAACUUGCCGUUUUUAGUUUGAUUUUGUUUUAAUUUUGUAUUUUUUUACAUUUAAGCAUUGGAUUAGUGGAUUCAGAAGAACUCUAAAUUCUCCAAUUCUGUUGACAAUUUACAUUAUGCAAAAUUUACAUUGUUAUUUCAUUAUAAAACGUUCUUCUCGUCAAUCAUUUCUUUGAGCUUUCUGAAUAUAGAUUAAAUCUUUCAGAUUUUACAUAUCAUGGAGUUAUUUAUGCUUUAUAUGUAACAUUUACUUGUUAACAUUGUAAUUAUAAAAUCAAUGUUGUAAUGCAGCUCCCUCGUAACAGAUUCGAAAGAAAUUAUUAAGUUUUAUAAAAUGAUCAUGCCAACUGUGCACCCUGGAUCCUCUGAUCCACUAGUAAAAUAUCUCCGUAGAUUAGUAUUAUCGUGCACCCUGGAGCUAAGGUUAAUUUAUAAUAAUUUCAGA